UCAACACGAUAUAAAAAUGUUUCAUAUUUGUCAUGUUUUGUGGAAUUUUCUCAAAUUAUACAGUAUUGCAGUCAUAACAUUGAUACAGGAGUUGUUAAGUAAACACAGAAGAUUCAAUAGAUUAGACUUCAGCGAUGGCCACAACUGUGAUAUGGUCGCCAUUGUCACUGGCGGGGCAAAGGGCAUUGGAUAUGAAAUCACAAGGGAGCUCAUCCAACAAGGAAUUCAUGUCAUUAUCGGUUCACACAGCCAGGAGGAGUCCGACAGAGCCCUUCAAAAUAUAAAAAAGGAUUUCCCAGAUGCAAAAGUUGAAUACCUUUAUUUAGACUUGGCGUCAUUGUCCUCUGUCCAACAGUUUGUUGAGUCUUUUAAAAAGAAGAACCUUCCUCUUCACAUACUCAUAAAUAACGCUGGGGUGAUGUUAUGUCCCUACCAUGUGACAGAAGAUAGCUUUGAAUCGCAGUUUGGCAUCAACUACAUUGGACACUUUCUACUCACACACCUACUGUUGGACAUUCUGAAGAAGAGUGGCACGUCAUCCCGGUAUUCUCGUAUUGUCAACACAUCUUCGGUGGUACAUUUCGUUGGGAAAAUACAGUUUGAAAACCUACAGGGAAGGUUGUCUUACUCGUCACAUGCCAGUUAUUCGCAAUCGAAAUUAGCUAUCGUCUUGUUUACGUACGAAUUACAGCGGAGAUUGACAGAGGAGGGAUGUUACGUGACAACUAAUGCCCUCCAUCCAGGUGUCGUCAACACGGACUUGUACAGACACGUUCAUCCGUCCAUCAGAGGGCUCCUGCUCCUCAUGGCGAGAUAUCUGUUGAAGACACCACGCCAAGGAGCAGAUACAUCACUAUAUGCAGCACUUUCGGAAGACCUUGAAGGCCGGGGUGGCCUCUAUCUGGAUAACUGUAGACCAGUGAAAUCGGCCAACGACACAUACAAUAUUCAGCUCCAGAGAGAACUUUGGUUUUUGAGUUUACACUUGACGCAUAUUGACCCUACCGACUAGAGAUUUGUCUGUUCCUGUUUUAUUCCACCGAGUAUAGAUUGUGCAUCUCUAAUGUUUGAGAUUUAUUUUUAUGUUAGAAAAAGGGGAGGGGUAGAUUGUGUUCUUAGGUUAUUUUCGAGAAGAAUCAUUUGUUGAAUAACCUGACAGAAUACAAGGGUGUUCCUUCUUCUGCGGGUGCAGCCUAUCAGAAUAAAACUUUGUGGUCCUGAAGAUCCCCAGAUCCGAAAGCAUAUUUUAAAUCGGGCUUUAUAUAUGUCUUCGAUUCAAGAGAGCGCUGUUUUCCAAGACAUAUGAUCAACUCUGAAUUCGGAAUAAGUGAUGACUCUGAACCUGGAUUUUGCAUGUUAUAAGUGGAGUUUAAGACAGAAUAUGUCUAACAUUGGUCAAUUCUGUUGCCAUCGAACAUGUUUUAUAAAUUUCUCAAAAUGUAAAUUUGUUAUUUUUGUA